AUGGAAGAAAGGUAUAGUUUGAAUUUCUAAAGGUAGAAUAAAAUUAAAAUUGGCAAUUCUAUAGAUUCAAAAACAUUAUACAUUCGAUGAAGUAUUGUUUUUGGAAAGAGCGAAAGGAGUAGACAAAGAUUAUUACAUAGCGAAGGUAAUUCAAUAUCAAGAAUAAUACAAGUUUCCAUUGAAAAAAUUCUAUCGGAGGUAUUCAAUCUAAGAAGAAUGA